AACUGUCAAAACAUUGUGCAACUUUUCGGAGUGUUUGCCAUCAUUGUGCCACAAUCGGCUGUUUUCCACAAGAAAACCGUAUAAUUUCGUCAAAUUCAUAUAUUUUGUUUCGUUUCAUCCCACCCGAAACCGCUUUUAAAAUGAUGCGCUACGAGGGAACCCAGAAGCUGGCGGACGAAUCGGCCUGCGCCCGAGUUCGAGCCGAUUUGAAGAUGUGCCUGCUGCAGAGCGAUUGUUGCAAGAAGGAACGCAAACUUCCCCGCGAGUGCCUGUCCCGCCAGGAUGGAUCCGUUCCGGACGAAUGCUUUGCCCUGCGGAAUACAUUCUUCGAGUGCAAGCGGUCACUGCUUGACAACCGGCAACGAUUCAGGGGACCAAAGGGAUACUGAAGGGUCACCGAGCGGUUAAAUGUAUAUUUCGCUUUUUCAGUCUUAAGUUAGAGUAAAUUUUGCGUAAUACCUGCUAGGUGAUUGUUGUAAAUUAAAAAUUCAAAUUAGUUCUUAAAAAAA